AUGGAAAUUAACAUCACAUCAAGAGAAACCAUUAAACCAUCAUUGUCCACUUCUACAGAAUUCAAAACCCAUAAAUUAUGUUUGUUUGAUGUGUUUCAACUCAACACCUAUUUUCCAUUAAUCCUUUUUUAUGAUAAUACCACUAACGCAAAAGGAUUCUCAUAUGUCUCAACUCAAUUGAAGAAAUCACUGUCUGAGGCACUAACUAUUUUCUAUCCUCUUGGAGGUAGAAGAGGAGAUUUCUUCUCCAUUUAUUGCAAUGAUGAAGGUGCAAUUUACAUGGAAGCCUCAGUGAAUAUCAACAUGGAAGAGUUCCUAAACCCACCAAAAUUAGAAUUGCUAAACAAAUUACUUCCAUGUGAGCCUAACAAGUGCCAUCCCUGCCAAGAAGUCUUGCCCCAAUUACUUGUUCAAGUGAACCUUUUCCAAUGUGGAGGAAUAGCUAUUGGAAUGUGCAACCUCCACAUCCUCUUAGAUGCAUAUUCUUGUAGUGCUUUCUUGAAAACUUGGUUUGCCAUUUGCAAAGGGUCAAAGGAAGAAAUAUCAUCAUGGCCAGAUUUCAUUUCUGCCUCUUCUUUUUUCCCUCCAAGGAACACCAUUGGUGUACGUGCCGGCAUGUUAAAUAUUAACAAAGACUCAAAUGUGGAAGCAAAGUGCACCACAAGAAGAUUCUUGUUUGAUUCAAAAUCCAUCAAUAAGCUAGAAUCCAUGUCAUCAAGUGAUGAAACAAAACCUACAAGAUACCAAGCGGUGUCUUCAUUCAUGUGUAAGCAUAUGAUUUUGGCAUGCACAAAGGAAUGUUGUGACACAAAAAGACCAAUGGUUGCAUUGCAUGUUGUGGACAUGAGGAAAAGGAUGGGAGAGCCUUUCUCAAAAGGUGCUAUUGGAAACUUGUUAUGGCCAGCAUUGGUUCUAUUGGAGGAUGUCAACAAGAACACUAAUAUUAGAGAUUUAGUUAGGGUUUUAAAAGAAGGAUUGGGAAAGCUCACUAAGGAAUUGUUCCUAAAGGUGCAAAAUGAUCCUAGAUUUUUGUGGAGUGAUGAGUGUGCACAACUAAUGCUUGAAGGUAUAGCCACUAAAAACCCAAUUACCUUUGUGUUCACAAGUUGGGCUAAUAUGGGAUUCAACGAGGUGGAUUUUGGAAGGGGAAAGCCUUUGUGGUUGGCUCAAAGAGGAGGUACUAAAGAAACUAUCCCAAACACAGUAGUGUUGAUGGAAACAAAAGAGGGAAUUGAGGCAUGGGUGACAAUGGCAGAGAAACAUAUAGCUAACUUGGAAAAUGAUAUGGACUUCCUCCAAUUUUCAUUGGUUAAUCCUAGUGUUUCAAACAUAUAG